CCCUCCUCCCCUCCUCUCGUCAUUGUCUGUAAUAGACGACGCGGCGGCAGCAAGCAGCAACGUGCAGCGGCGGCGGCAGCAAGUAGCUCCUUCUCUUUAUAAACCCCGCCGUAUUGCCCGGAUGUGAAUGGAUUACAAUGUAUCUUUCAGGGAAACAUAUUAUUACCAAUGUCUCCAUGGGGGAGUCGAUGAUGAUGAGGAGCGAUCUGUAAACUUGGAACAAGUUUAAGACUUUAAAAAAAAAAAAUAGCCGAGGAAGGACAGAGGGAACACAUCCCACGACCACCACCAAGAUUUGUAAUAGUUUGUGAAUAACCAUGUGUUUAUAAACACAAAAGAGGGAAAAGUUACUUGGAUUUUUUUGGCUGGCUUUUAUUUUUGUUCUGUUUGGGUGGGAAGAUUUUGUGACACUUCUUUCGUGGUGGUGAAUCCAAAAAACAAAAACAAAGCCAGGUGUAGAGUUCGUUUAAAUCGCUGAAUAACCCUGGACCAGGACUGAGAACCAGUUAAAGUACUUUUUUUUGUUUUGUUGUUGUUUUGGGAGGGGGGUGUCAAACCUAUGUGAGCUAAUAAAGCACUUGCGCAGAAGAUUUCUCUCUUUAAAAUAGAUAUAUAUUUCCUUGGACUAUUGUGAACAUAUUUGUGGCCAUUAAGGUUUGUGUGAUUUUGCUAAAAUGCAUCACCAACAGCGAAUGGCUGCCUUAGGGACGGACAAAGAACUGAGUGAUUUACUGGAUUUCAGUGCGAUGUUUUCACCUCCUGUGAGCAGUGGGAAAAAUGGACCAACUUCUUUGGCAAGUGGACAUUUUACUGGCUCAAAUGUAGAAGACAGAACUAGCUCAGGGUCCUGGGGGAAUGGAGGACAUCCUAGUCCAUCCAGGAACUAUGGAGAUGGGACUCACUAUGAUCACAUGGCAAGCAGGGACCUUGGGUCACAUGACAAUCUCUCUCCUCCUUUUGUCAAUUCCAGAAUACAAAGUAAAACUGAAAGGGGGUCAUAUUCAUCAUAUGGAAGAGACUCAAAUUUACAGGGUUGCCACCAGCAAAGUCUCCUUGGAGGUGACAUGGAUAUUGGCAACCCAGGAGCUCUCUCACCCACCAAACCUGGCUCUCAGUACUAUCAGUAUUCUAGCAAUAACCCCCGAAGGAGGCCUCUUCACAGUACUUCUAUGGAAGUACAAACAAAGAAAGUUCGAAAAGUUCCUCCAGGUUUACCAUCAUCAGUUUAUGCCCCGUCAGCAAGCACUGCUGACUACAAUAGGGAUUCACCAGGUUAUCCAUCCUCAAAACCAGCAGCCAGCACUUUUCCUAGCUCCUUCUUCAUGCAAGAUGGUCAUCACAGCAGUGACCCAUGGAGCUCCUCCAGUGGGAUGAAUCAGCCUGGUUAUGGAGGAAUGUUGGGCAAUUCUUCUCAUAUUCCACAGUCUAGCAGCUACUGCAGCCUGCAUCCACAUGACCGUUUGAGCUACCCGUCACACUCCUCAGCAGACAUCAAUUCCAGUCUUCCUCCGAUGUCCACUUUCCACCGUAGUGGUACAAAUCAUUACAAUGCUUCUUCCUGCACGCCACCUGCUAAUGGAACAGACAGUAUAAUGGCAAACAGAGGAAGUGGGGCAGCAGGCAGCUCUCAGACUGGUGAUGCACUCGGGAAAGCACUUGCCUCUAUCUAUUCUCCAGAUCACACCAACAACAGCUUUUCAUCAAAUCCUUCAACUCCUGUUGGUUCUCCCCCUUCUCUCUCAGCAGGCACAGCUGUUUGGUCUAGAAAUGGAGGGCAAGCAUCAUCAUCUCCCAAUUAUGAAGGUCCCUUACACUCUUUGCAAAGCCGGAUUGAAGACCGUUUGGAAAGACUGGACGAUGCUAUUCAUGUUCUCCGGAACCAUGCAGUGGGGCCUUCAACAGCCAUGCCUGGUAGUCAUAGCGACAUGCAUGGAUUAAUAGGGCCUUCUCACAAUGGAGCAAUGGGAGGUCUUGGGUCAGGAUAUGGGACAGGCCUUCUUUCAGCCAAUAGACAUUCACUAAUGGUUGGAGCUCAUCGUGAAGAUGGUGUCGGUCUGCGUGGCAGCCAUUCGCUUGUGCCAAAUCAGGUUCCAGUUCCACAGCUACCAGUUCAGUCUGCUACUUCCCCUGAUUUAAAUCCACCCCAAGAUCCAUACAGGGGUAUGCCAACUGGACUGCAAGGGCAAAGUGUAUCUUCAGGCAGCUCUGAAAUCAAAUCUGACGACGAAGGAGACGAAAACCUUCAGGACACAAAAUCUUCUGAGGACAAGAAACUAGAUGAUGACAAGAAGGAUAUCAAAUCAAUUACUAGGUCAAGAUCUAGCAAUAACGAUGAUGAAGACCUUACACCAGAGCAGAAGGCAGAGCGAGAGAAGGAAAGGAGAAUGGCCAACAAUGCUCGUGAGCGCCUACGCGUGCGUGACAUCAAUGAGGCUUUCAAGGAAUUGGGCCGGAUGGUACAACUCCAUCUGAAGAGUGACAAGCCCCAAACUAAACUCCUGAUUCUACACCAGGCUGUGGCUGUCAUCCUCAGCUUAGAACAACAAGUCAGAGAAAGGAAUCUGAACCCUAAAGCAGCAUGUCUGAAAAGAAGGGAAGAAGAGAAAGUGUCUUCAGAUCCCCCUCCACUUUCCUUGGCAGGACCCCAUCCUGGGAUGGGAGAUGCAUCCAAUCAUAUGGGACAGAUGUAAAAAGGUCCAAGUUGCCACAUUUCUUCAUUUAAACAAGAGACCACUUCCUUAACAGCUGUAUUAUCUUAAUCCCACAUAAACACUUCUCCUUAACCCCUUUUUUGUAAUAUAAGACAAGUCUGAGUAGUUAAGAAUCACAGACGCAAGAGAUAUCAGCAUUCCCGAUUAUUAAACAAAAGCAAAAAGUGCAACUUGAGGGACGACUCUCUUUAACAUAUCAUUCAGAAUGUUUAAAGCAGUAUGUUACGAGCUGUAAAUGCACAGCCUAGAGACUGAAUGGCAAUCUUCUCCACACUGUGGGACAAUGCAUUUGUGCCUAAACUUCUUUUGGAAAAAAAAAUAUAAUUAAUUUGUAAGUCUGAAAAAAAAAUAUUUAAUUUAAAAUUGUAAACUUGCAAUAAUGAAAAAGUGUACUUCUGAAGAAAAAAAUGAACGUUUCUGUUGGUGUGCUAGACAGCUAGUGUUUAUACUUACUGGAUAGUAAAAGGGAAGCUUUGCUGCCCAGAUAUUUACAAAACCAGCAAACGUCCUAAUGAAAACUGAAGUGAUGACAUUAGCCAUUCCUUAGGGUAGGAGGAACAGAUGGAUCUUAUAGACCUAUGACAAAUAUAUAUAUAUAAAUAUAUAUAUAAAUAUAUAUUAAAAAUUUAGUGAAUAUGGUAAGCUUUUGUUCAUUUGUUUCAGACUUUUUUGCUCCUGUAAAAAAAUAGUACUGAUUAACUUUUUUAAAAAGAAGAUUUUACUGUAAAUAACGAUUUUUUGGUCUUAUUUCUGUCCCGCUCCCCUGUUUUUGUUAUUGUAACCUGUAGUGCCAACUCUGUCUCUGGAGGGGUAGUGCAGGCUGAAAUGCUGACCCUGACAUUGCUUCUCAUUCAUAAGUAGGUAGAGAGUUGUUUCUCCAGUCUUUUAGGAACACAGGACUUUAAAGUCUCAUCAUGUGUAGAUAUUACAGGCUGCAUUACUGAGACGUGGCAAAAUGAGUUUGUCUGAAUCAUAAUGUUGCUCUUGUUGACCCUAUUCUGGGAUUUUCAGAGGUACAAGGUUAGAAUGCUACAAUGUUACCACUGUGCCUUCCAAUGUUUAUAUCAUCAGAAACAUUACAUAAUCAAAGUGGCUGUGAUUUAACAAAUCAAUUAAAGUGUUACCUAUGUGUGUAGCCUAAAUAGUGUGCAGUGAGGCGUUUCUGAAUACAUGGUCAGAUUUUUUGGGGGGUGGGGCAAAACCAUCAAUUGGGAAAAUUGCAAGCAGUGUGACCGAUUUGAUUGACUUCCUUUUUUCAUUCUUUUCUUGUUUUCAAGUGGAUUACUUAAAUGUAGACCACUUGCUGCCUCCUCCUUCAUUUGCAAAAUGCCAAUAUUCAGUCAUCAUGCAACAUUAUAACAAGCCUUAUGAGUCCUAAAGCAUUAAGUUGCACUUUCUUGAGGAGGGGGUAAGUGGGUGGUACAGUAUUUCUCUGGCCAGUAUGAAUGAAGUUUUUACUUAACAUAUUUAAUAGUAAUGUAGAUCAAACUAUGGCACAGCAACUCAUCAGACAACUAGCUUUGAAGUCUGGGCACAACUGAACCAACUUCCAUAGUGGAUCUUAUAAUGAUUGACUUUGGUGUACAGUACAAUUAACAGAUAGUGCUCCUAGUUAAGUAUUUGUCAGCAUCCUUUUGUCUCUAAUUCUAGUUUCUAUUUUUACAGCCACACAAACCUGGCAUGUAUUUUAAAUAAAAUCUCCCUGUUCAAGUAGAUUUUCCACCUAUCAGCACUGAGUAAAUGCCAUAAAUCCAUCAAAACGGUCUAAAUGUUCCAUCUGUUCUCCUGUUUUGCCAGUUAUAUAGUAAUGAAAAAUACAUUUGUAAAUUUUAUGCAACAAAUGGCAAGCGUAUCAUUAUUUUGAAAUCGUGUAUGUAAAAGUUAUAUUUUUACAUGUAGACUCUUGUUAUUAUGUGUUUUAAUACAUUGUAUCAGUUUUUUGUUUAAAAACAAUCUUGUGUGGUUGAAAAAAGUCUCAUUUAAAUGAAAUAGUGAGAUACAAGAAUCUGAAUUUUAUGUUUGUUUCUGAAAACGUAAAGAACAAAUAUGAUAGUUAACAUGUGAUCACCUACAUACCCAUAAACAUUUUGAUUAGCUGCGUGCGUGUUGAAACCUGUAAAUAUGUUUAGUAGUGGGAAAAUUUAAAAUGCUUUGAUUUGUUGAUAAGUUUCUCAAAUGUGGAGGUGGAUUACGCCAUUAGGUAUACACAAUAGAGCAGCAGGGACAAGGUUUAAUUCAGAAUUACAAAUGAAUAUUAUUUUUAAAAUGCUGGACUUUUAACAGGCCUGGUUUAUAUGAAAAUGGGUGUGACAAAGAUUAAUCUCACUCAUUGUUAAUGAUAACUAUGCUUUUGAGUGCUGGAAUAAAUUGCCUAGGGAGGUUGUGGAAUCUCCAUCUCUGGAGAUAUUUAGGAGUAGGUUAGAUAAA